CAAGGGAAAGAGGAAAAAAAAAAAUCUCGCGCUGCGGAGUCUGCGCAUUUCGGUUGUUCUCGUCACUCCGAACUUUCGGGAGAACCACAGAGGAAGGAGGGUUGAACAACGCCAUUUUUCCUGGCGCUCUGCAGUUUGAGUGGGCCGUCCAGCGAAGAGGAGGAGGACGAGGCAGCGGUGGAGCCAUGGCAGCCAUGUGGCGUGAAGACGAUGAAGAGUUCAAGGUGGGAGGAGUAAAGGAAGGCUUCCGAUCCAAACCCAGGUUUUCCUACAACGAGGUCAAAAUGCUGCUGGAGGCGGUGAAGAGGAACAGAUACAUCCUCCUCAAGAAGUUUAACCAAGGAGUGUCGGCAGAAACCAAGAAGCAGACCUGGACUGAGAUCACAAACCAGAUCAACAGUUUGGGAGAAAACCACCGACAGGUGCGUCAGAUCAUGAAGAAGUGGGCGGACCUGAAGUGUGACGGAAAGCGACGCAUCGUAGCCAUGCGGGGCCCCAACGGCAGCAACCUGAGGAAGAAGAGGUUGGGCCCCGUGGAGAAGAUGGUCCACAAGAUCCUGGUGAUGAGUCCUAGAGGAGAUGGAGAAAGCGAUCUGGACUUGGAAGAACCGGAGUUUUCGAAGCGCUUCAGGAAAGGCCCGACCCCCACGGCGGCCCCCUACUCCUACCUCAGCCUGACAGACAGCUCGCACCCCGUCGCCGGAGAGUUCUCCUUCGACAUGUCGCCGCUCUCGUCUCCGGAGAAGGAACUCGGCGAGCCUCUUCAUUCCUCCUCCGACUUCGACCUGGCUGAUGACGGAGAACACAACAUGGACUUUGAUGAAAAUGAUGACUCCAUCUUCUCCUCCUUCCCUUCAUCUCUACAACCACCCACCUCCACCUCCCUGGACCCCCUGCCCGAUGAUGCCCGGCUGAGGGUCAAACCGGUCUACACUUAUUCCAGAACCAGCCAGAACCAAAACCAAACCCAGAACCAGAACUCCACCAGACUUCCUCCCGGUCCUUCUUCUUCUUUGGCCUCCACCUUCUCCACCUUCCCCUUAGCUCCCGAUGGAGAUGCUGCCUCCUCUUCUGGAGCUCCUCCUCCAUCACAAACCCUUGUCACCUCCUCCCUCCCUGCUCCUUCCUCUUCCUCAACAUCAUCUGCAGCCAAUGGCGCUACCUCUCACCCUGCACCUCCUUCUACCUCCAUCCCACCUCCUUCUCCACCUCAUCCUCCUCCUCCUGCUGAUGCUCCUACUGUGACUUCUCCCUCUUCUAACUCCAUCCUCCCACCCAGUACGUCCUCCAUCUCGGCCUCCCAGCCGUCUGACCCCCUCCCGUCUGGCUCGUCCCUGCGCCGGUCGCAGGCCCAGCUGGCCCAGAUGGCGUCUCAGAGCCUCCAGCAGCAGCAGGCCAGCAGGAUGCUGCUGACGUCCGUGUCCCGGUCCCUGGAGACGCUGGCCCAGUCCGUCCAGCUGCUGGUGGAGAGCCAGCAGGAGUUCGUCCAGGAGUCUCUGCUGCUGCAGCGGGAGACGGUGGACAUCCUGAGGGACUUCUCCAACACGGCGCUGAACAUGCUGAGGGACAAAUCCAGCAGCGGACAGCUGGUGACGCAUCACCUUCCUCAGUAUCAUCAUCAUCAUCACCCCUCAUCGCGCUUCUGAGGAAACCGGCAUCAGCAUGUGGCUGCUGACGUACGGCCGCUGUGGCUCCUGGACAGAAUCCCUGCUUCCUGAAACCGGAGCGAAUGUGGCGGCACAAGCACCGUUGUGUUUUUCAUGUGCCUCCAUCCUGCUUUUUUCCUUCUGCGUCCUCUGCUUCCACGUUUCAGCUCCGCAUGGAAAGACGAACUUCACACUACAGCACGCAGAGAAACAGGGCUCCAGAUGAACUUUCUCCACAUGCAGCUGAAAGUGUAGAACUUGUGGCCUCCUUCCUGCCUCCUGAUUUGGUCACAAAUAGAAAAUUAUGACUUUAAAGGUGACGUAAAAGGAUAAAAUGGUCAUUUUUUCUUUUUUGGGGGGUUUGUUUUUAACACAGCGGCCAAAUAAAUAAAUACAUAAACUCA